AUGGCCAACACCAACACCCUCUACCAAUACAGCACCAUCAGCGCCCUCCUCUCCGGCAUCUGCACCGAGGGUCUCAACGCCUCCACCCUCCUCGAACGAGGCACGUACGGCAUAGGCACCUUCUCCGACUUGGACGGGGAGAUCAUUGUGAUGAACUCACGCGCCUACCACUUCCCCUCCACCCCAAAUGCCACCGUGCGGCGCCUAGACCCCACCGACACCAUCCCCUUCGCCAUGCUUACUACCUUCCAACCCACGCACACCCUCCCGCUCCCAACAAUCACCACCUCGGAGAAGAUCACCCUCCAAACCCUCGCCGCCCUGCUCACCCCACUCCUCGACACCAACAAAAACACAUUCCUCUCCCUCCGCCUUACCACGACCUUCGCCUCGCUCACCACCCGCAUCAUCCCUCGGCGCAGCUCCCCGCAAGAAACCCUGGCCGACUGUGCAGCACGACAGAAAGUGACCAACCACGGCCGCUCGAGAGGGACACUGUUCGGCUUCUGGUCGCCAGCUUAUACGGCGGGGAUUGGGGUACCCGGAUUCCAUCUGCAUUUCCUGUCCGAGGACGGAGAGAACGGGGGACAUGUGAUGGAUUUUGAGGUCGCGGUGGACCAUGAUGAGGAUAGCGAAGGGGAGGGGGAGGGGAGGGGGUUGGAGGUCGCCGUUCUGCAGGAGGUGAGGUUGGAGUUGCCGGAUACUAGGGAGUUUGGGGAGGUGGAGGUUGGGGCGCCGAGUGCGGAGCUGAUACGGGGGGCGGAGGGGGGUUAG